AUUUAAUUUGAUAAGAUGUCAGAGAGUGGCUAGUAAGAAUCUGAUUAGAAAUCUUCUACUAAAUAGCCAGAUGAAUCUAAUUCUGAAGUAAAAGUAACUAAAGCAUGGGAACAAUCUUCUAAAGAGUUAAUAAAUUAGCAUUAAAAUAAAUUUGAUGCAUUCAAGGCUAUUGCAGAUUAGACAGGAACAAUAGAUGAAAGUCAUUUUUCAAUAGGAGGAGAAUAGAAAUCUGAAAUAUUUAAAAGAUUUGAUGCUGAUCAUGAUGGAAAAAUAACUUAAUAAGAAUGGAAUCAGGGUUGGAAUAACCUUGAUGUUUAAUUCUUAGAAACUCAACAUAAAGUUGCAAUUGCAUAAUAGAAAUUGUAAAUUUUAGAUGCUUUGGAAGGAAAAGUUGAACCAGGACUAAACAUAAGUCAAAAAUCUUAUAAUUAAUCUCAUAAUAUGGUUGAUAGAUUUAAAAAAACAUCAACACUUGGUGAUUUAACUGAUAUAUUCAAUAAAAAAUCUUCUUAUAACGAAUAAGAAGAAUAUUAAGAUAAUUAUCAAUUUGAUUUAAAGUAAAAAGGUAAUAAUAGACCUUUAGAUUAACUAUUAUAAUAAUUUAAAACUCCUAAUAAGACAGAUAUGUUUGUAGAAACUGGUAGUGGAUCAGGAUAAUACAAAGGUAGCAAUAAAUAAACUUAAAAAUUUGGAUUUGUUCAAGGAAGUGCUUCACCAGGAUUCAAUCCUACAAAUUUUAAAAAUGAUAAUUAAUAUAAUUCAAAGAUUCAAUAAUAAAUGAAUAUUAAUAUUGAUAUGAAGGAUAAAAAUAAAUCUAAUAAAAGAAGAGAAGAAUUAACGAGUUAUAUGGGCAAAUUAGGUUUAGGAGGCAAUGAAUCAAUAUAGAAAACUACAAUAAGUAUUGAAUAACCUAAUUCUAGUAAAUAUAUAUAAUUAUUUAGAUGUUUUUGAAAGAAUGAAAGUUUAUGUUAAUAAUAUUGGAUGUCAACAUUCUAGAACUUAAUCAUAACCUGGACCUGGACUUGAUGGUCUAGUUAAUGAUAAAUAAUUUAGUACAAGCACAUUUAAAUAACAAUUAAAAUAAUAUAGAAAAGAGAGAGGAGGAGAAUAACCAGAAAAUUUAAGUGCAAAAUUCUCGAAACCAUCCAAUUUCAUAGAGAAUCCAUUAUUAUAGGAUUAGUCCCUUAAAAGUUUUCAUUUGAAACUUAUGCACUAAUAAGGGGCAUUAAACAACAAUAAGUAUACUAGAAUUUGA